CUUACGCUCCCGCAAGCGAAACUUAUUCCGCGUAUAUCGGAAAAGUGGUGAAUACAUUCACAGUUCUGAAUAGUUGAAAGCAUUUUAAUAUAUUACAAUAACAGUUCUAUUUAGUGUUGUUGACACUGUUAAGUGACUUUGCGAAUUGGAGGUGUACGUUUUAUUUUCAAUAAGGCCGUCCGUCCACGGACCGGCAGCCAGCUAUAAUGUAAGCGCAGGUCGAGCGUCUUCACUCAAGGUUUUUGCGAUGUGGUAUCCGUGGAUCGCGUUGCUGGUGUCGAGUGCACUGGUGGGGGCGGAAACGACUGAGGGGCCAACCCCGGCAACAACCCGCGCCCCACCACGCACCCUGGACAGGCCGCUUGGAGAGCUCGCUUGGCCCACCUGGUUACAGAAUCCUGAUGAAGGCAACCAGAACGCUCCUCCCAGACGAAUAACCACCAAGUCUCUGUUCAUAACCCCUUUGGUAUGUCCCAAAGGACAUCGCUUGGAUGGAGCUGCUUGUGUUCAAGUGGUGACCGUAAAUAAAGAUGAACAUGAACGCAUUUUAUUGGAGCAAUUGAACGCUCUGCAUAUAUUCACUGCAGCUCCAAACAACAGUGACGUUUUUUACGAUUACGGUGACGAAGAACCGGGACCGCUGCAAUUAUCUAUACCUAUUGGACUCGACCCUCAAGUUUCGCCACAAGAUCCAUCUGCUCAGAACCAGGAUCUGACUCCAAAUUUCGGAAAUAACGACAAAAAUGCUGAUAACACUGAUAUAGAAGCGGAGCUAGAACUCUUAAAGCUGCAGCAAGCGCAUAAUAAACUUAACCAGACAGCGGGUAACAAUAUUUUAUCGCAUAAUGCACUCCACAACUUGUUGACUUACUCCGACAAACCCAAAAGAGACAGCCCCAUGAUCAACUCAAGUGAGGUUGAAUCAUUAAACAGUACGGAUGAAGGGCAAAAGGAAGUAGUUUAUGGACACGUAAACGUUGACCCAGUACUUUAUGACACAAUAAAUGAAAAUAACGAAGAUAAAGCGACCGAUUUGGAAAUUAAAAACGACGAAACAUCUUUAGCUGAUAAAGACAAUUCGUCGAAUAAAACAGAAAACGAUACAACGCUAGCAAAUUUUACCGAUUAUUCCAGUAAUACCACCAACACAACAAAACCUGUGCUUAAAAAUACCGAAGAAACCAAACUCAACCCAGAAAAUGAUUACUCCGAUAUUGGAGAGGCUAUUAAGCUAAUAAGCAGAUACGCUGAAGUAUCUACUGAUGAUAAUUUUACCAAAGACGACAAAAAGGACCCAUCAACAGAAGACAGUGUAUUAGGAACACGUACCAAACUACAGUACCGCCGAAAGAAACCGAUAGUUUCGUUUAAAUUAAAUGAACAAGAAAAUCCAACACCCGACGUAAUGAGCAGUGAUGUAAUGAAUGACAGAUUAAAUCCAAAAAACGUUGUACUAUAUAGAUAUCCUUGGCCAAGCGAAAGUGCUGGUGUGAUUCCACCUAACUAUCCUUUCCGACGUCUCCAAGAUUACUGGCCAGGUCGUAGUCAAAUUGGUGGUUUAUAUAGAAGUGAAAAUCCACGGCGUCAUCAUCACACAUAUCCACACUACUUCAGACCACGAGGCUAUAACUACGCCGGCUAUCAUGGCACGCGUUCAGGUCUGCAAGAGGCUUACUCUAGACUUCGACGUUAUCCACACAAACUAGAAGAACGUAACGCUAGUCCCGUGAGAUCUCACGCAACCAACCAAGAUUUAUACAGCCUGCUUGGUUUAAGACACUGGUUCAGCGGUGAAGGAACUUCGAAGAGAUAGUUUGCUUCAUCCUUAUUAGAAAAUUCGAUGUUACCCGACGACGUAUAAUGGAAGCUAUGGAUGCUGCGCGCACAUUUUGAUCUAACUUAAUAUAAAAUUUAAUAUUUUCAGUGUUAUCUGUCUUUUAGCGCUCUAAACAAGUCUAUAGUCAUUUCUACCAUAGCUUUCACUAUAUUUAGCCUAUUUAUUUUCAAGCCAAAUAUUACAGUCAUAGUUAUGUAAAAUUAUUUGAUAGCUGUUUUAAGUUUUGUAAAUAUUUCCGCUCUCAAUGCCUAAGCUAAUUUUUAAUGCUGCAAAUUUAAUGUUUAUCCAUUAGUAUUAUCGUUGUUUUGUAUUAUGUAAAUUGUUGUAUUACUAAUUUAUGUUUAUUUGAUGUAUAUUUUUGUUGUUGUGACUUGUGAGUUAAUCGUAUGUAAGGAAAAAUGGUAAGAAUACCGUACAAGCGCUAUCGGCACUGGCUUGCCUUUUAAUGCUAUGGUAAACUUUUAGUACUUAUGAAGAUAGGUGUGCAGACCGGAAAAAAUAUUAUUAAAUGUAGAUACCAUAAAAAGAAAACACUUAAUUUAUCAAAGAAUAAAAGUAAUGCGUUACAUUUAGGACAUAUUUAAACCCACCUACAACCUUAAAUAAUUUAUCGAGCAGAGUAAAAUAUUAAGUGAAAGUGACACAGCUUACACUUCACAACAUUAUAGUAUUAGCAGGUGUUUACAAUUACUACGCAUUCUCUAUAAACGCCUUAUGAGCAUCGUAUGAAUAAAUAGUAGCGAAUAUCUUUAGUACAUUUCCUAAUAAUAUAUAUAUCUUUCAAAUCCUGUAGUAGUUUUAUACAAAGUCGUAUUUUCUUAAAAUAUAUUUUUACACUAA